GUAGUCAAGUCUUGAGGUCACAAAUGCAUGAAUAAGCUUCUCUGCGUCAGCCACACAUAAAAUAUUUUGUAAUUUGGCAACAUUUCUAAGGUGGAAGAAGGCUGUUUUUGUGACAUUUGAGAUGUGAUUUUUAAAUGACAGGUUGCUGUCUAAUAUAACGCCAAGGUCUUUAACUGUAUUUGUUGGAGUAACAGUGCAGCCUUCAAUUUGCAGGUCAUAAUCCGAAAUAUUCUGCUCACGUGUCUUUGGUCCGAUAAGUAAUAUUUCUGUUUUAUUAGAAUUUAAAAGAAGGAAAUUACAAGUCAUCCAAUGCUUUAUAUCGUCGAUGCACUCUGCCAAUUUGGAUAGUUGGAAGGAAUCAUCUGGUCUUGAUGAGAUAUAUAGCUGAGUAUCAUCUGCAUAACAGUGGAAGCUAAUUCCAUGUUUUCUAAUAAUGUUUCCAAGGGGCAGCAUGUAUAUGGAGAAUAGCAAGGGUCCUAAAACCGAUCCCUGAGGUAAUCCAUAAUUUACUUGCGUUAGAUUUGAUGAUUCCCCAUUUAAAUGGACAAAUUGAUGUCUAUCUGAUAAGUAAGAGCUGAACCAUUGUAGUGCCUGUCCCUGAAUACCGGUAUAAUUGUGUAAGCGAUCUAGAAGUAUUUUAUGGUCUACAGUAUCGAACGCAGCACUAAGGUCCAGCAGGACUAGGAGUGAGAUGUUACCUUUAUCUGAUGCUUUAAGCAGGUCGUUUGUAAUUUUAACGAGCGCAUUUUCAGUACUAUGAUGCUGUCUAAAGCCUGACUGGAAUUUUUCGUGUAUGUCAUUAUUUUGUAAGAAAGAGCACAACUGAGUGGAGACUACUUUUUCUAGUAUUUUAGACAGGAAAGGGAGAUUUGAAAUCGGUCUAUAGUUUCCUAGUUCAUUGGGGUCUAAGUUUGGUUUCUUGAUAAGAGGCUUAAUGUCGGCCAGUUUAAAGGGUCCUGGGACAUGGCCUAGAUUAAUUGACGAGUUGAUAAUGUUAUAAAUGGGCUCAAUUGCAACAGGUAAUAACUCUUUUAAUAAUUUAGUUGGUAUGGGGUCUAAUAAGCAAGUUGUAGGUUUAGAUGUUGCAAUAAGUUUAAUUAAAUCUUCCUGUUGUAUAGGUGAAAAACACUGUAGCCUUUCUUUUGGGGCGAUGGUUGGUACUAAUUUAUAGGACAGACUUGGAGGUUGAGUUUUUACUAUUUUGUCUAGUAUGUUUUCGAUUUUCUCUGUAAAAAAAUUCAUGAAAUCAUUGCUUCUAAUGUAUUAGAGAAAAUAGUGCCCAAUUUGCUGGUCAUGUCAUCGAGCGAUUCUGUAUUUAUUGGUAUGGUUAUUAAAGGAGUCUGAUCUGGCAAGCUCUUUGCGAAACUAUCUUUAGUAGUCGAGGUAAUUGCUCCACCCUGUCGAUAACAAGUUAAACGGCUGAUUUCUGCAGUGCGCAGUGUACAUGUUAUAAGAUAGUGAUCAGUGACAUCGUCGCUUUGAGGUAUAAUAUCUAUAUUGGUUAGAUCGGCUCCGUGAGAUAUAAUCAAGUCUAGUGUGUGAUUAAAUCGAUGAGUGGGUCCAUUGAUGUGUUGUGUUACUCCAAAAGAGUGUAAUAGCUCUGUAAACGCCACUGCUAAUGCAUCGUUAGCACUAUCUACGUGGAUAUUAAAGUCUCCGACAAUUAGUACUUUAUCAACGUUAACCAAUAGGUCCAAUAGGAAGUCCGCAAACUCUAUCAGAAAAUCAGUGUUGUGACCAGGGGGUCUAUACACAGUAGCCAACGUACAAGAAAGCAAUGAUUUUUUACUAUCAAUUGUGUAGCAGACUUCAAGUGGUCACCUCCGGACACCACAGAAACGCAACCACAAACAGGGCGAUGGAUAUGCAGAUGGAUUUAUUCCUUAAACAGAGUAAUGUGAGGCAAUAUUAGUACACACAGACAUCUCAAAAGGUAUACUCUCUCAUUCCUCUGCUUCUCCAUUCGCAUACACCAUGCAUCCGCGCGCGAACGCUUAAAGGAGAAGCGACAUAUUUCUCUUAAUAUGAGUUAAUUAAAUGCUCAAUUCUCACAUAACACGACAGCGCAAAUAAAACAAAAUAGAAAAUGCAUAACAUUUGUAAAAGUUAACAUUCAAAUAUGCUGUAAACCCAUAAGAAUGCAUACGCAACAUGUUCUAUAAACUAAAUUGCAUCAACAUCUGAUCGUUGAACCACUAUGUGUACAGUAAAGUUCUUUUUUGCAUGAACACACUGUGUAAAUAUGUCAAAUAUACCACAAGGCAAUUUGUAUAAGGAUAGCAUAGUAUACACUGAAAUACACAUGCAUUCUAAAUAAAUUCACGAAUAAAUUCACAAAUUACACAGACAUUUAAAUUAAUGAUCACAGAUCGAAACAACAUACCUUAAACAGAGUAAUGUGAGGCAAUAUUAGUACACACAGACAUCUCAAAAGGUAUACUCUCUCAUUCCUGCGUGGAAAGAUACACUUGCAAACAAAACACUAAAUUUAAUAUUGUUAAAAGUACCACUUUCAAGGAAAAUAAGCUAAUCGCACGGAUGCGAAUUACGACAGAAACUCUUAAGAGUGUUUUAACUUCAUAUAUGUAAUGAUUAUUUUACAAAGAGACAGUUAAUGCAAGAUAAAUACGAGAGAGAAAAACUACCUCUGCUUCUCCAUUCGCAUACACCAUGCAUCUGAGCGCGAACGCUUAAAGGAGAAGCGACAUAUUUCUCUUUGGUGUCUCACUAAUUAAGGCCCCACCUACAACAACUGAUAGGAACUCCCGAUCGGAACUAAUGAGAAUAGAACUUAAUAAAAAUGAAUUUAUUACAAGUUUUGCUGAAGUUAACUAAAUUUACAGAACAUUUCUCCUUGGACAUGAAAAAAUAUCAAAUUAAACAGAUGUCUCAGCAAACUGGCUACAUACUCUCCCCUUAACUUCACAAAACUUGUGCCACUACACUUCUGUCAGUUCAAUAAAGGAGCAAAUAAGGCAAGUCAUUUGUUACCGGCCACACCAUUUCGUCAUGCAUCAUACAUGUUACCCAAACAUCACGGGACAAAGAACAAAAGAAAGUUGAUCAGACUCUCAGAUAUUCUUUUGCUCAAGAGGUGCCUUAAACACCACUCAAUUUGACUCAAAUGACUUUUUUCUGCCUGCCUCAUAUUCUUAUGACUAAACCCAUUUAACUUGAAACCUCUUAACAUGAAAGGGACUUAGUAACAUAUUUGACUGCGUUGUGAAUUGUCCUCUGAGUCAUAUUCUGAAUCAGUCUAUUUACAGGUCUAACUAACCUGCCAACCCGUGUUCGUACCUGGGUCACUACUUCAGACACUUUAGGGGGUGCACUGGAAAAGGACAAGGUGCUGAUGGAUCUUGGUUGCUCUUUAGCACUGAGUAUUACAUCAGCUAUUCCAGGACCAGGUCGUCUGAUUUACUCUCAGGCUUUCCAGGAUCCAUUACGCUCUCCUGUUCCUCUGUAUCUACUCGCCCUUGCACCGAAUCAUCUGUGUCAGAGUUUGCCAUCUCAGUCACAAUUGUUGAACAUUGCUAAAGAGUUGCUUCAAACAGAAGAAGCUUAUGUGAAAAGACUCAACCUUCUAGACCAGGUGUUCUGUGCCCAUCUCACAGAGGUGGGCAUUCCCACUGAUGUCAUCACUGGAAUCUUCUCCAACAUCUCCUGCAUCUACCGAUUUCACCACCAGUUUUUACUGCCUGAACUACACACACGCAUCACACAGGAGUGGAGCCGUAAUCCACGUAUAGGAGACAUCUUGCAGAAAUUAGCCCCAUUUCUGAAGAUGUACGGCGAGUAUGUGAAGAACUUUGAUCGUGCCAUGGAUCUGGUCAGCACAUGGAUGCAGCGGUCCGCUAAUUUUAAAACUACUGUGCAAAAUAUCCAGAAACAGGAUGUGUGUGGGAACUUGACAUUGCAGCAUCAUAUGUUGGAACCAGUGCAGCGUAUUCCACGUUAUGAGCUUCUACUGAAAGAUUACUUGAAGAAACUUCCAGAUGGAGCUCCAGACAGGAAAUAUGCUGAGAAUGCUCUAGAGUUGAUCUCCACUGCAGCAAACCACUCCAACGCUGCUAUCAGGAAAAUGGAGAAGAUGCACAAGCUGAUGGAGGUGUAUGAGAGGUUAGGUGGAGAAGAUGACAUUGUUAAUCCAGCUAAUGAACUCAUUAAGGAAGGUAUCUUGAAGAAGAUGUCAGCGAAGAAUGGCACUGCUCAGGACCGAUACCUUUAUGUGUUCAACAAUAUGGUGCUGUAUUGUGUGCCCAAGCUGAGGCUAAUGGGACAAAAGUUUAGUGUCAGAGAACGUAUUGACAUCGCAGGGAUGGAGGUUCAGGCUAAUGCCAAGCAGAACAUUCCUCACACGUUCACCAUUAUCGGCAAACAUCGUUCUUUGGAACUGCAGGCCAGGACGGCUGAGGAGAAAGAGGAGUGGAUAAAUGUGAUCUUGGCUACGAUUGAGAAGCACAAGCAGAACAGUGAGACUUUUAAAGCUUUCAAUAUUUCUAUCUGCCGUGAUGAAGAACACAUGUCUGAAACACAGGGCUCAUUGAGCAAUUUAAACACAUGCGAGACAGACAGUGCACAGCAUGAGAGGAAGAGUUCAAAGAAAAGAGAUAAGGAGAGAGAAACAUGCAAAGGCUGCAAUGAAUCCUUUCAUUUUACCAAACGCAAACACCACUGCAAGAGCUGCAAUGCGGCCAUCUGUGGAAGGUGUUCAAAGGUGUCAGAGAGCAGGAAUAUACGCAUGUGUAAACAGUGUACUGAAACUCUGCAUGCAACUGAAGGGACAGCAGGAGGUGUCACUGAGCCCAAGAAAAAAAAUGAGAAACAACUGUUGGUUGCGCAGACCUCUCCACAUCCAGGAAAAGGUGAAGAGUUGGAUCAAGAACAGGACUGCCAUCACUAAAGAAUAACUUUUGGUUCUUAAACAGGAACCUACCUGGUUAUGAUAUCACAUCAGUGACAUCAUCAGAAAACAAGAACAAUCAUUGGCUUGACUGAUUUAUGACCCAUGAGACAAAAGACUGAUUUAUGGAAUGGAGCAUCUAUGAUUAUAAAGGAUGUUUAGCCAGCUUGAAUGACACAUCAAGAGCAAAGAAGCCUCUUUCCCUUGCCUCUGGCCCCAACCCUUUUAUAAAGAAUGCUUAUUACUUGAAGAUUACACACUUUUGUUCUCUUAAUUUAAAAAUACAUUUUAAACACAUUUCUCAAUAUUAUCACUGCUCUUUUCACAUAAGCACAGAGUGACCAUUUUCUUAAUGCUGUUUCCUGUAAGAACUGUUUGAACUAUACUGGAUGAAGAUAUUGUGAAUGUUCAUGAAAUAUGAUUGUUUAUUGUUGUAAUUUUUCCCUUUUCAAUGUUAUAUGAGUUUGUUACUUAAAGCAUUAACUCGUU